GCCUGGUGGGGUCCACUCACAUGGGCGAGGGUACAUAAAGUGAUAAUAGGUUGGCUCAGCUCAGCUCACACUGUUCACAAAGACAGAGUCACCUCCUCACUCUCAAGUCUCACCCACUGUUUCAAUUUCAAGAUCUCGGUCACAUCACAUCACAUCAAAGUUCAAGAUCCUCUCUUUCUCCAAUAAAACCCUACUACACUAAUACACUCCGUGAUUUGUGGUUCUCCCCACCCCCACCCACACCCACUUCAAAGUUCAAAUCAUUGGGUUUGGGAUUGGGUGCUAACUGCUAACGAAGAAAAUGCUCAGUUUCUGUAGAAUCAUCAUCUUCUUCUUGUUGCUCUCCCUUUGGGCCCAUUGUUAUUGCCAUGCCCACGUCUUCACCUUCACCAUGCACCACCGUUUUUCCGAGCCCGUAAGGAAAUGGUCCCACGCCGCCGUCUCUCCGCCCGAUCGCUGGCCGGAGAAGGGCACCUUCGAGUACUACGCCGAGUUGGCCGACCGCGACCGCUUCUUCCGCGGCCGCAAGCUCUCCCAAAUUGACGCCGGACUUGCUUUCUCCGAUGGCAAUUCCACCUUUCGGAUCAGCUCCCUCGGAUUUUUGCAUUAUACAACAGUUCAACUAGGGACACCGGGGGUGAAGUUCAUGGUGGCGCUUGAUACAGGAAGUGACCUAUUCUGGGUACCCUGUGAUUGCACCAAAUGUGCAGCUACCGAUGGCACUGCCUUUGCUUCAGCCUUGGCUUCAGAUUUUGACCUUAGUAUAUACAAUCCUAAUGGAUCUUCAACUAGCAAAAAGGUCACUUGUAACAACAGUCUGUGUACGCACCGCAAUCAAUGCCUUGGGACAUUCAGCAAUUGCCCCUACAUGGUCUCUUAUGUCUCUGCUGAAACUUCUACAUCGGGAAUACUAGUGGAGGAUGUUCUGCACUUAACAAAUGAAGAUAAUCACCAUGACCUUGUUGAGGCAAAUGUCAUAUUUGGCUGUGGACAAGUUCAGAGUGGAUCAUUCUUAGAUGUCGCUGCUCCCAAUGGUUUGUUUGGGCUUGGAAUGGAGAAAAUAUCAGUUCCUAGCAUGUUAUCAAGGGAAGGCUUUACAGCAGAUUCAUUCUCCAUGUGUUUUGGACGUGAUGGCAUUGGAAGGAUAAGUUUUGGGGACAAGGGAAGUCUUGAUCAAGAUGAAACUCCUUUUAAUCUGAACCCAUCACAAUUUCAUCUCUUAUGCUUGAAUGCAUCUCACAGCCCUACCUACAACAUCACAGUCACUCAAGUCCGUGUAGGAACAACUCUAAUCGAUAUGGAAUUCACUGCUCUUUUUGAUUCUGGAACCUCUUUCACAUAUUUGGUUGAUCCAACCUAUACGAGCCUUUCUGAGAGUUUUCAUUCCCUAGUACAAGAUAGGCGGCGUCCAUCUGAUUCAAGAAUCCCUUUCGAAUAUUGUUAUGAUAUGAGUCCUGAUGCAAAUACUAGCUUGAUCCCCAGCCUGAGUUUAACAAUGGGAGGUGGAAGCCAUUUUGCUGUUUUUGAUCCAAUAAUUAUUAUCUCUACUCAGAGUGAACUUGUAUAUUGUCUAGCAGUUGUCAAGAGUGCUGAGCUGAACAUAAUUGGACAAAACUUUAUGACUGGUUACCGUGUUGUAUUUGACCGGGAAAAGCUCAUAUUGGGAUGGAAGAAAUAUGAUUGUUAUGACAUUGAGUACCAUAAUGCUAUCCCAUCAAGACCACACUCAGAUACUGUGCCUCCUGCUGUGGCCGCCGGGCUAGGCAAGUACCCUCACACUGAUUCAACUAGAAAGACCAAAUACAGUUCUCAGACAUCAGUUGCAUCACCAUCAUCGCAUUAUUGUCAUACUUCACUUUCGACUUGCUUUGAAUUUCUUGUAUUUUGUCUUGUUUACAUAUUCCAUGAUCAUUCAUUUGUAUGGGCCAUUGGUAGUUUAUGGUAAAGCCUUAGGUCAUAUUCUUGAUCUACAUGUUGAUGUCUUGAUGAUAUUAGAGCAUCUUUCCUUUUACUGCUCUAUAGUGUAGUCGUGUAGAAUAUGUGUAAGAAUUUUACUCUCUUGAUAUAACACACCGUAUAAAUGCCAUUUGUAUGAUUAGAAUGCCAUGCAGAA